UGGGUUCGGUUGCUAAGCAGCACGCACAGAUAGGAGGGUAGUGUCCCGUUAGCUACAUUUUAGCUUCAUUUAGCUUCAUGCUAAAUGUGACUCUUCAUCCUCACCCUCUUGGAGUUGCAAAAACAAAUUGCGCGUUGAGGUAAAUAUGUGUCCGCAACAGUCUCCCUGAGGUUUGGACAACUUAUAUUUUCAAUUUCGACAUAGGUUUUAAAAAUGGGUCCGCACAAGUGCCGAGCGAAACUUGAUCGUGAACGUGGAUUUUCUGGCAACAAAGAUACCCCCGUGAAACCAGCGCUGGACAGGCGGGACAGUAAGAAAUACACACACAUGCACCACCGUUAGAUUACACUGAGCCUCAAAUCACCAGGAGGUCUGUUUUGUUUAAAAGUUAUUAGAAUUAAAUCAUAUUUCUCACAUUCUUGCCAACUAAAAGUGAUAAACUUGCUUCAAUCCGUCCAGUGCUUUACAGUAUGGUAUGUUUAUCUGAUGUAUUUUAAUAUAUGAUCAAUUUUAUCAGCUGCAUCUCAAAACUUUUUCAGAAUUCAGGAAACUUCUGCCCACCAGACAUCAUGAAACAAUCCAAGAGGAACCUGAACUGGAUGAGAUAAAAGUCCCCACUGUCAGACCAACUGACCCAGUCUUGGUGGGUUUUCCUUUCUGUUCUUACUAAUAAUACAUAAUAAAAAUAGUAUUUAUUUACAUAAAUUGUUUUCCUGCUGUUCUCCAGCAAUUACAAUAUUGACACCUUGGCAAUUUAAUGCAACCUCUGCAUGAAUUCUACUUUUGGGAAGCCUCUACAUUUUUAGUUAAUGUUUACAUCAUCAUAACUAUCUAAGUUUUAGUGGGUGUUGGUAAUUUACUGGGAUGCACUGAAAGGUGUUCUUCUUUGCUCCCCUGUGUUUGCUAAUACAGCCCUGGGGUGUGUGAUGUUAUCAGUGUUAUAAGUUUUAGCUGUCAUGAAUUUUUUACUAAUGAUGUGUGGCUAUUUGCAUCAGUUGUAACACAUAUAGGUGAGGGGGUAAGAGGAGCGCAACAGCACUUCCAUUUUAAUGGUACAUCUCAGUAGUCAUCCUGAAGCAUUUACAGUUUCUGAAAAGUUAGCACAAAAAGCAUCAGUACCAAAAAAAAAACUUGGAUAAAAGGUAUUGGUAUUGGCAAAAUGAGCUAAAAGUAUGUAUUAAAAUCUAAUAUUGUCCAUUAACUUUGAAUCAAAAACCCUUUCACACUCUUUCUCCAGUCUUUUUCUAUUUUACUGUAAAGUUAAUAACAUGUUCUGUGUUGACCUUUCUCCUUAUUUCCAUACUUACUCUUUUCAUACACAGAAGAACCGUAAGUCCGUCUACUCCAAAUCUGUGUCACACUCGAGCAGCCCUGCAUUGACUUCCAAAGGAAACACCUUCCCAUCAGCCACACCAGCUACUCCAAAAUCUGGCCGUAUCGUGUCACCUGCAGGUCAUCCAAUGAUUCAGAUGACACCCAAUCCUAUGGCUCUGAAAAGUGCUGCAAAACCAGCUCAAAAAAGAUCUUCAGCGACCCCUGAAAGUGUGCAAUCCAGCAUGGAGUCGAACACAACUUUCAGCUCUGAUGAUGAUGAUGAUGAGGAAGACUGUUACUCCUCUGAGGCAUCAUCUUCCAGCAGCCUUCCUUCCCCGGAGAUCUUCAGAAGAGAUAGCUCUGGUACAUGAUUUUGAUCACUCACAAUCAGAGUUUAUGUUUGUUAUGUGUGAGUUUUAUUUCUUCAUUUCUUCUUUUAAUAAUGGAGCCAUUGAUUUUCUCUGGUUUAGAGGAUUCCCCGGGUCACCGUUCUCGCAUUAAAAACUCAACCUUACUGGAUGUGAGCCACGCUGAGACUAUCCACAUGUACCAUCCUCCCAACCUUUCCACCAUCAUUGGUAAUGAAGGAGCUAGAGCUAUCAGUUACAGUCUGAUUUUUAACCCAUGAAUGAAAAGGAAACUAAUAUGACUUUGUAAACCUUUUAUCCGCACUUGUCUAAUGAGAACACAACCUUUCUCUGCAGAUGCCUCUUCGAUUCUUUAUGAAAAGAAAUGUGAGAACAAGUGAGUCAUGCUAUCUUUUCCUGCUUGGCAGAGUCAACUCAAACAAAAUAUUUUAAAGUGCUAUCCUUUAUGUCAUUGCAAUAUCUUGCAUGCUGAUAAAUCUAAUUAUUUGUAGUCCCGUUAAAGUGAAUUAAACAACACAGAGUAAAGUUGAACACAUCUGCAUACUCUCUAAACUGCUAAAAUAAGUUAUUCUUUUGUCUUUAAAGCCAACCCCUGGGUCCUGAGGCUGAGACCAAACAAAAAAGGGUGACUUUUGAACCAGGUGAAUACUUAUGAAGAGGUUUAUCUUUAUGAAUGAUUAAAAAAAACAAAAAAAAAACAUUUAGUUAUAGUGUUUAAGUUAAGUUAUAUGAGAUCAGUAACAGAGGGGUAAGACUAGACAAGUCUUUGACUUCUUCUUACCCCUUUUUUGGACAUGUGGAUACUCUGGUUUUGUUUUUGUUCUUAUUUUGUUGUGAUAAGUGAGAUUGAUGUGCUUCUAAGUGAGGCACUUAUUUUAUUUUAUUCUUAACUGUUGUUUUGUGUGUUUUUUUAUAUACAUUUUUUUAACCAUGUCCAGAAAUAAAUAAAGAAAGAAAGAAAGAAAGAACUUUAAUGGAAAAUAUACAUUAUGCAUUGCCAAAGCUUCAACUCUUCGUGGUUAUUGUUAUUCUAAAACUUCUAUUGAUAGCCCAAAUUUAUAAUUCUUUCCAUCUAUAAACUCUGCCUUUCCUUGGAGCAGGCAUUUGUUGGGGAAAGAUUAAGUAUGUAUUGGAUUAAUAGAGAAGUCUGGUCCUGCUCCACUGGAUUUAUGUGGGGAAAUUUCACAGCAUGCUUUUAUUUUCCAUUUUAUGGUAAUUCUUGUGUUUAUUUUGGCUUUUUAUUCCUUCAUCACAGAAAAAGCCUGCAUCUCUAAAAGACCAACAAAAGUAAGAUAGUCUCUUGGUUAUGUUUUAAAAGCAAUUUUUAGUGACUGUAUCCUUGUUUUGAUCAAGCGUAUAAUUUUGUUCCCUCAGCCCGCUAAAAGGAGGUCCAUUUCACACAAGAAGAAGGUGUGUUUCAAAAGCCCAUUCGUCUUCAAGUUAUCUGAGGCAAAACCCACCUCGGCUAACAAAGUAACCCCUCACAUUACCACCAAACCGGUCGGAAGAGCUAGUCCGACUGAGCAGAAUAAGCCCGAGACAGAUCCACAUGAAGCAGGUGAAGGCGGUGUCAAAGAGGAUGAAUCACAAACAGUCAAGUUUUUCGACUUUGACACCGAUAGCGACAGGGAUGCGUUCUUUCAAAUGAUGAGGGAAAGGAGUGUCAGGCUCAGGAAUGCACCGUUAUUUCCUCUUACAGCUGUUAAGCCCACAAACUCUUUGAUUAUGUAACAUAAGAGAAAAAUUCAAUUUUUGGAAAAAUAUAAUUACUUCCAUGAUCUUUAAGUUUUCUUUAUUUAUGAUUAUUAUUUUUUACUUUGCACAAGAGUAGUCUGUUUGUCCCUCAGGUUAACAGUCUAAUGCUACUUCAGUGUCUGCUUUGGGCAAUACACUGUCAUGUUUAGUUUAAUCGGUAUUUCUUAAAGAAUAAUUUAGAGGGUUGCCACACCAGUUCGUGUACGUAGAUGGCCUAGACUGUGUACAUAGCAAAAUAUUUAAUGGUUGUAAAAUACAGCUGAUCUCCAAACUAUUUAUUUCAAUAAUACAACAGCCGUGCAAACUGUGGUGCAAUUUGAGUGUUAAAAACCACCUGCUGGUGAAAAUGCACUUUUCAAUAUACUGUUUCAGAGCAGCCUUUGACUUCCUUUUUGUUAUCAAACAUGUAUUUGCUGCAGUAUGGCCACUAGAUGUCAGACCUGUGUUUAAUUUAGAAAGCUGUGUUCUCUGUUCUUACUAGAAUGACUUUUCUUCGACAUAGAUGAGUCAGUUAAACAUGAUUUUUGUUCUUAUUUUGCAUUUUUUCAGUCUUUUGUCUUGGCUUAUGUGUCUGUACUUAAAAAAGUUUCAGGUUAACAAUAAAUAAAAAAAGUAUGGUUAAACUUUAAGGAUAUUUUG